GGGUCUUACAAAAACGGCGCUCGGCGCGUGGGAGCACAUCGCACAAGAAGAGGAGCAACACGCGCCACACCACACAGACAGCGGAGCAAACCGGCCCCUCGCAUCCUUCAACCGGAGAGGACCUCUUUUAACUUUUACGCACAGAGAUUGACUUUUACGCACAACGCGAAGAGCAUAAUUUGACAGAGAAAAGAAACUUUUUUUGGUGAUGCAGGAGCCUCUCACGGAUCUUACCUGACAGCAGCAGGCCUUCAGGCUAUAAUACACUAUUUAUACUCUAUACGAACAUUUUACCAGCUUCUAUAAUCUGAUGGCUUAGAACUUUUGGAACAGAUGCGUCAGAUGGAGACUGAUAUGAAAACUGCUCCUUAAAUUAUAGCAUUUAAAAAUAUUACUUUUAAAAGGCUGUUUUUUAUUUAACAAUUCAAACUUCUAAAAAAAAAAAAGUCAUGCCUCGUCCUGGGAAGAACUCCUACAGCGACCAGAAGCCUCCAUACUCCUACAUCUCCCUGACAGCGAUGGCUAUCCAGAACUCCUCCGAGAAGAUGCUGCCUCUGAGUGACAUCUAUAAGUUCAUCAUGGACCGGUUUCCCUACUACCGGGAGAACACCCAGCGAUGGCAGAACUCCCUGCGACACAACCUCUCCUUCAACGACUGCUUCAUCAAGAUCCCCCGGCGGCCGGAUCAGCCGGGUAAAGGCAGCUUCUGGGCUCUGCACCCGGACUGUGGAGACAUGUUUGAGAACGGCAGCUUCCUGAGGAGACGGAAGCGCUUCAAGGUGAUGCGCGCUGCAGAGCAUGUGGCCUGCAAGAGCUCCCAGAUGAUGCACUACUUUCACCAUCACCAUCAGCACCACAGCAAGCUGGCUGCAGCAUCCGGCCACCACGACCUCUCACCCGGCGUGGCCAGCAGCGUGGGUCGGCUGCCUCCCUUCCAGGGUUAUGGGGGCAUCACUUGCGCGCAGCAGUCCGGAGGGUUUAAACACCCGUUUGCAAUCGAGAACAUCAUAGGACGGGACUAUAAAGGUGUGAUGGCCAGCGGGCUGCCACUCACCUCGGUCAUGCACCACCUGGGUUACCCGGUCAACUCCAUGUGGCCGCAUGUUGGGAUGCUGUCGGAGUCCAUGGGAGGCGUGCAUGUACCUGCAGCAUCCGAGUACGCGCCCUUCAGCGUGUCUGCAAAGGGCCUUUACCACAAUGCCAACUUGCAAACCAUGCCUGCAGUUCCUGUGCCAAUAAAACCCACCCCAUCCCUGGGUGCAGUGCCCAGUCUGACGGGUCUGCAGUCCGGCUCCCAGCUCUGCUCCUCCUCGGUGUCAGUGAUGGAGAAGAGUGAUCUGCUGCUGGAGGGGAAAGGAAACCCUCUGCAUCCGGCUCUCCUGCUGUCUUAACCGGGUAAAUUGCAGGUCAUUUCUGGAAAAAAGUGCAUGGGCUAAUGCAAAGAAAGGACAUUUGUUGUUGUUGAAUAAAGACAGAAAAAGAUGAAGACAGAAAAAGGCCUAUAUCAGCAGCAUCAUAGUUUAAGUUAAAGUGCAGCAGAGGAGAGUUGUAAAAAAAAAUUAAGGUUAACAUUGUGCUGUGUAAUGAAUUUUUUCAUUAGACCCAUGUUGAUUGAAAUCAUAAUUUAUUUGCACAAUUUUGUGAGGGCAUUUACCACAUACUGUAAUGUGGCACUGAUAAAUACAAUCAGACAAGUAGACACGCUGAACCCAAAGAAAGCUUUCAUUUAGGAGACAAACUGUCUAAAAUUAUUUCCAAAUGCAAACCAACAACUCUGUUUAUAUUUUUUUGCUCUUAUCCUAUUUAUUCUAUUUUAAUCUAUGGCAGGCCUAUACCGGCUAUAAAGACAAAUAGGCCUUCAUGUUUUUAAAUUAGGCCUGUUGCACUUUUUUUGUGUGUUACUUACUAGUGAAUUGAAAAUGUUAUGCUUGUAUUAUAACGCUAUUUAUCUGAGAAUAUUCAUAAAGAACUUAAAACCGAA